GCCUAGCGGACCUAAAGGAGAACUAAGGUCAGAGCAGUCUUUUUCUGCACACAGCAGCUGCAGUGUGAGAGCAGCUGUGUUCGUCACUUUCAGCGUCUUCAAGGACGGAAGAGCGAGAAACAGCACGGCAUCUAUAGAAAACACACCGGAUAUGGUACAAAGACAGUUCGUUUACAAAGUAAGGACACAGCAGCUGUAUCGACGUUAUACAUAAUAAAUACUGGGGACUUGUUUAAGAAGUUGAGGUUAUGUGAAAGAGGACAGUAGCAGUGGAGGGUCGAAAAGGGCCUCUUCUGCAGACACGCUGACUGCAUUGCAGGCUGCCGGUGUCGUCUUUUCGGUCUGUAAUAUAAGGAGGGGGAUGGACGAGGCUGUGCUCUCUCUCGGGUCCCUAGACUCUGCCUUUGUGUCCAAUUCAGUGGAGCAAGGUGGCGGAAGAUGGAAACAUCCGAGUGAAGACCCGGAGCGGAGUUCAAGCCCUUCAGUUCUUAGGUCCACGGCCUCAAAAUGGAAAGAAAGCCUUCUGAACCGCAAGAGGCCCUUCGUUGGAAGGUGUUGCCACUCUUGCAGUCCUCAGAGUCACGAGAAGCUUUUUAAUCCCAGCAUCCCCUCACUUGGCCUGCGCAAUGUCAUCUAUAUCAAUGAAACACAUACUAGGCAUAGAGGCUGGUUGGCCAGACGACUGUGCUAUGUUCUGUUUGUUUUGGAGCGGGAUGUUCAAAAGGACAUGUUUGCCAGGAACGUGAUGGAGAAUGUAUUGAACAACAGCAGGGUCCAAAAGGCUACUAUAGAUGUGGCAGAAGAAAACAGCUCAGGGUUGGAAUCCCAGCUAGACCACAAGGCUGUCAGCAAAGUCAAGAGAAAGGCAAGAGCAAUCCUCCAGGAAAUGGUGGCCAACAUUUCACCCGCUUUUAUCAGGAUAACCGGCUGGGUGCUGUUAAAGUUGUUUAAUGGGUUCUUCUGGAGCAUUCAGAUACACAAGGGCCAGCUGGAGAUGGUGAAGAAAGCUGCGACCGAGCACAAUGUUCCUUUGGUCUUCCUACCAGUCCAUAAAUCUCAUAUAGACUAUUUGCUGAUCACCUUCGUCCUCUUCUGUUACAACAUCAAAGCACCGCACAUUGCUGCUGGGAACAACCUCAAUAUCCCUAUCUUCAGCACAUUGAUUCGCAAACUUGGCGGCUUCUUCAUACGCCGCAGGCUGGAUGAGACUCCUGGUGGAAAGAAGGAUGUCUUGUAUAGGUCACUUCUCCAUGUGUACACCGAGGAGCUGCUGAGGCAGCACCAGUUUAUGGAGAUUUUCCUGGAGGGCACUCGUUCCCGCAGUGGCAAAGCCUCCCCAGCCAGAGCAGGCCUUCUCUCCAUUGUUGUGGACAGCCUGUGCUCUGGGUCGAUUCCUGACAUUCUCAUUGUCCCUGUGGGGAUCUCCUAUGACCGAAUCAUCGAGGGAAACUACAACAGCGAACAGCUGGGUAAGCCUAAGAAGAAUGAGAGCCUGUGGGGAGUGGCGCAAGGCGUUUUCAGAAUGCUACGCAAGAACUACGGCUGUGUCCGAGUGGACUUCACACAGCCGUUCUCAUUAAAGGAGUAUCUUGAUACUCAAAGAAAUCGACCGCUUCCUGCACCGCUGACCCUAGAGCAGAUCUUGGUUCCAACCAUCCUGUCAACACGUCCAAACCAGGUCCUGUUUGAUGAGGAGGAGGCUGAGCGGCAUAACCUCAGAGACCUGACGGAUGAACCCUGGAGACGACAAGUGAUUUCCAACUUGGCAAAGCAUGCCCUAUUCACUGCCAAUAAAUCCUCGGCUGUGAUGUCCACUCAUAUAGUCGCUUGUUUACUUUUGUACAGACACAGACAGGGUGUCUGUUUGUCGAAGCUGGUGGAGGACUUCUUUUCCAUGAAGGAGGAGGUUCUUGCUCGUGAUUUUGAUCUGGGCUUUUCGGGCAACUCUGAGGAUGUUGUCAUGCAUGCUUUGCACCUUUUUGGAAACUGUGUUAACAUCACCAGUGCCAGCCGCAACACUGAGUUCUUCAUCUCUCCCAGCACAGCUAUCCCUGCCUUAUUUGAACUAAACUUCUAUAGCAAUGGCUUGUUUCACGUUUUCAUUACUGAAGCCAUCAUUGCUUGCUGUCUCUUUGCUAUGCUGAGGGAAAAUACCACAGAAGUGGUACAGAGCACAUCAAAGAUACUGGUAAGCCAAGAAAGACUGAUCCGAAAAGCUGCAGGCCUCUCCCACUUAUUGUCUAAUGAAGUGGCUGUUGCUCUGCCUUGCCAGAUGCUAUACCAGGUUUUCCAUGAAGCAGUGGGGAGAUUAAUCCAUCAUGGCACCCUUCUGGUUGCAGAGGAAGAUCAGGAAGAUCUGAGCCCCAGCCUGACAGAGGAACCCUGGCCAAAACAAUAUCCGGAGCCUCUGUCAUGGAGGAGUGAUGAAGAUGAUGAAGAUAGUGACUUUGGAGAGGAGCAGAGAGACCGGUACCUCAAGGUGAGCUCAUUGCCAGAGCACCAGGAGUUCAUGACCUUCCUGCAGAGCAUUCUGGGUCCUGUAGUGGAGGCCUACAGUUCAGCUGCCAUCUUUGUCCACAGUUUGAGGGGCCCUGUCACAGAGAGGGAUUACACCAACCAGCUGUUUAAGUACCUGAUAACAAGGACAGAGAAGAAAGUGGCUGCUUUUGGCGAGAGUGCCACCCACCAUCUUGUGAAAAAUACAGUGAAGACCUUUAAAGAACUUGGGGUGUUCAAAGAAAAGCGUGAAAACAGCGUGAGCGUCCUGGAGCUGAGCAGCACCUUUCUACCUCAAGCUAACCGUAACAAGCUGCUCCAGUACAUCCUUCACUUCAGCGUGUUAUAAAACAAACCCUCUCCUUCACUGGCAAAGGGGCUUGUACUGUCAAACACAAGGUGCUGUUCUAGCUUUACCUGGAAGUGCCUUUAUCAAGUACUAACAAAUAUUAGACUGUAUCAUGUACAGUUAUUAACGCACAGCAACCAUCAUGCUUGAAAAGCAAACAAUCCCAUUAACACUGAUGCAUUCAUAGUCUGUCUUUGUGUUUAGUACACUGGCCUGUCAAAGCCCUCUUCUGUGUUGUAAAAUCAGUUUUUUUUUUCUUUCUCAACUCACUACUUGCUAAUAACUGAAUAUCACACAGUUCUAAAAAUAUAUAUGGUUGCCUUUUGUAUAAAAAUAUGUAGAAAAUGGAACUGGGAGUACACUACAAUUAAUGUAAGGGCAUUACUUUUCUCGAAGUAGCUCCGAUUUAUUUGUAAAAAGAUUAUUGCAAUAUAAUUUGAGGGUUGUUUGAAAUGGAGCCUCUAAAACCAUAUGCAACUGGGACAAGGGAUGCAUGAGUUAACCGUUAGUUGUCAUGUCUCUAUUGGAGGGAAUAAUUCAUUCCCUUUCUGAUGUGCGUACCCCUUUCUGGCCUGAAAGGGGUGAAAAUAAAGUUACAUAUGCAAUUCAACACUGUGAGAUAUAGUCGGUCAAAUUAAAGUGUUUUCAAAUAUUUGUUUUGGUUUGGUACAGGCUGUUCUAUCUUUAGUUAGAGCCCGACUAACAGUUGCUCUGUGAAGAUUAACAGAGGCAACAUAUUAUUGAAACAACUUUCAGCAUUGUUUUCACACUGGUUAUAGUGGACAAGGCAUGAGAUUCUUGUUGUAGAAUACACAUUGUAAUACUGUACAUGUGAAGGAGGUGAUUAAGAGAGCUAGAGUGGUAAGCUUCAGAGCUCCGUUGUUGGGCAUGACUAUCUAGCAGAACAGAUAGCGAUGACACUGGGGCAUCUUGCUGCCAUUGUCCUGGAUGUACAUCCUGUACUGUUUCCUUGUUCCAUUUCAUAGCUUUAGUUAUGCAUCAGAAUAGCUCUUGUUGUGUAUACAAAGCCUGCUUUUAGGAAUGCUGCACUAAAUCACAAACUAACAUAUCAUACAGACUGCAGCAGAGUUUAGACAGACAUACACUUCAGCAGCUGCCCGGGCCACUGUGACAUAGCCUCCAAGCCUCGCAGGUGAAGUGCUGCAGAUGCUUUUUAAAACUGACGCCUUCUGGUGCCGUUUUAACCAAAAGCCAUAUAACAUAAUCUGAGAGAGCCUGUGGACAUACUGCUGUUUUGAAUUUAAUAACAUUUUAGGAUCUACUUACUGUAUAUUAUUUUUUAAAUUGCAUGUUUUGCCAGUGUUAUCUGUGUUAAGGGCAUCAAACCUCAAAAGUGCUGAGAAUAGUUCCUAAAUUCAAGAUGCAUUUUUUUUUUUUUUUUGGUGUAGAAGAAAAUAGGUUGUUGUCUUGGUGUGCUUUGUGAAGGAUACACAACAGUUUUUAAUUGUUGUGUCUUCAGAAAUGCAAAUCAGUGCUUGCCACUAAGGUACAUGCUUAGUAAUGAUUGUAGAUACUGUGUGUUGCAUUGUCAUAUUAUGUAUGUUAAACUGUACCAAGCUUGUUUACAUGUGUAGAAAAUCCAAUCGUCCAACGUAUGUUGAAAAUCUUAAAUCGUGGAAAUGUACCUCUCUACUAACCCUAUUAUAUGUGAAAUCAGUGCAGGGGACAGUGCAUUCAGCUAAGAUGUACAUUUUGAGUUUUCACCUACAACAAAAGUAGUUUACAGUGAAGAUAGCAAAAAAACACAGAUCCCUUUUCCAUGCCUGGGUAAACAGUAUAAAAAUAACUGGGACUAGGUAUGAGAUUAUGCACUUUCACACAAAAACAUAUUUGUAAAAAUAACCAUCAUUAAAAUGUGAGCGUGGGGAUCUGAUUUCCUGUUCAGCUUCAGUUCAAGACCAUUAACACUUAUUGCUGGUUUGUAAUCUGCUGUGGUUUGCGUCAUGCCGUACUAAAGAUUUUUAAAAUGAUAAGCUCUGAAUGUUUUGUUUAGCCUCUGAUUUGAAUAUGAAUUGAGAUGACCUGAGGAAGUAAGAUCCAGAACAAGUUUGAGAAGCAAGAGCUCAUGAUUUAAACUUUUAAAAUUAAAGAAUGUGAAUGCCAUUACUCUGUAAUAAUGCAAUAAUCAUAACUGCAGGAAUAUUUAUCAGGUCAAUACGUUUUUGUUUUUUUUGUUUUUUAAUGCAUGCUUCUAAUGUUCAUAUUAUUACAAGACUUCUGCAGCAGGCUGUAUUUGAAUACCCCGACUGCUGCUGAAACCUAGUUCUUAUAAUCACUGGUCUGGUUAUGCGUAUUGAUUUUUACUGGUGUUUACUUGGAGUAUAAAUUCAGUUUGUUUCUGUCCUGUAACAUUGAUCCUGUAGUGCAAUGCACAGUUGUCAUUCAAGUUGUUUGUUUUUAAAAUAAAGUAACAAACUAACCAGACAAA